AAGUUUUCCAGUAAUUAUAGGCAUAAAAAUUGAUAAUUAAUAUUCUUAUAUGCUUUUGUGAUGGCCACAGCUGUUCAGGAUAGAGAUCACAAAUUCCUGACUAGAGCAGUUGAAGAAGCUUACAGAGGGGUGGAAUCUGGGGAUGGAGGUCCGUUUGGUGCAGUUGUUGUUCGUGAUGAUGAAGUAGUUGUAAGCUGUCACAAUAUGGUCUUGAAGCACACGGAUCCUACUGCCCAUGCUGAGGUUACAGCAAUUAGAGAGGCAUGUAAAAAGUUCAACAAAAUCGAGCUCUCAGACUCUGAGAUAUAUGCAUCUUGUGAGCCAUGUCCCAUGUGCUUUGGCGCCAUCCAUCUUUCCAGAAUUAAGGUUCUUUGAUCUAUUUGUUUCUUCUUUUCGACCUAUUUCUCUUACUCUUUAAGCAUGUGUUUCAGCAUUAA